UGGAGAUCUCACCUGCCUUCUCGAUGUUUGCCACCUUUUCGCAACUUGCUCUGGCUAUGGCGAUGGCAAUGUACAGACUCAUCAUCAGCAUGGCUACGGCCACGAGCACUCCUCAAUACCGCAACACCGCUUUCUUCCUCUUCUUCUUCUUCUUCUUCUUCUUCACCACUGUAACACCGUAACACCGCAUUUGCGAAGCAUCGGCAGGUUUGACAUGAGACCCAUCGAACUCGGCGCAUCGUGACCCUGCUGCAGCAAGUAAGUGUGUGAGGAGGGAGGAUUGUUCACGGCGAUGCGAGCCCAGUCUGAGCAGCGCCUCUAUGGGCCGUAAGGAGCUGGUGUGGGCUAAGGCAGGGGCAUGCCUUGUGAGGUUUGCCGCGCAGGAUAGCAGAUACGCUUCCGAAUUGUCGUCUACUGUGUGCAAGCAUCGUCCACAGUUCGCACGUCAUUUCGCUGGCCCAAGUGCCGGAUCCACUUCCUCUGGUGAGCGCCCGCGUAGGCUGAAGCCAUGGCUCUCUCUCGCGAGGUUGUUAAUAAAAGAGAAUGCCGGGAAAGGUCUCCCACAUCUUCCUAUGAUUUUAGGGUUUGCUGCCAGCGGAUGUCUAGGCGCUGGCGUUCUUGUUGUCUUCGCUGGAGAAAGCAAACCCCAGGCGCAAGCCAUCGCUUCUGAUUCCAAAGUAGCCAAAGCAGGCACAGGGAAGAAGAGAGUGGUAGUUUUGGGAACAGGAUGGGGUGGGAUGAGUUUUCUGAAGAACUUGGAUUCCACGCUCUACGACGUCUCCAUCGUGGCGCCGCGGAACUACUUCGUGUUCACGCCAUUGCUUCCGAGUGUGACAUCGGGGAGUGUGGAGGCUCGAAGCAUCAUAGAGCCCGUGAGGAGGAUUGUGCGAAGCAAAGGGAAGCAAGUGCAGUUCCAUGAAGCUGAGUGCAUCAAAAUCGACGCUGCGAACAAAACCGUUGUGUGCAGAGACGUAUCACAGAUGGGACCGUCGGACAAGAAAGAGUUCGCUCUGCAGUACGAUUAUCUCGUGGUUGCUGUCGGAGCCACAACCAACACUUUUGACACCAAAGGCGUACUAGAGUAUUGCCAUUUCCUCAAGGAAGUAUACGAUGCCGAGAAAAUCAAAAAGAGUAUCCUAACCUGUUUCGAAAGCGCAAGCCUUCCUCAUGUAAAAGAGGAAGUUAGAAAAAAACUCUUGAGUUUCGUAAUUGUAGGUGGAGGUCCGACUGGAGUGGAAUUUGCCGCGGAGUUACACGACUUUAUCCACGAUGAUCUGUUGAACCUCUACCCUCAUUUGCAUAACGACGUGAAAAUCACGCUGGUACAAUCCGGUGACCACAUUUUGAACACCUAUGAUGAACGCAUCAGCAAAUACGCCGAACAAAAAUUCACCCGGGAAGGCAUUCAUGUCAACACUGGUUGUCGUGUGCUCGGCGUUCAAGCAGGUGCCAUUGACUUCAAAAUCAAGUCCACCGGACAGCUGGUGAAUCUACCCUAUGGAAUGAUCGUUUGGUCUACAGGCAUUGGCACUAGACCUGUGAUUGCAGACUUCAUGAGCCAAAUCGAACAAAACGAUCGAAGAGUAUUAGCAACAGACGAAUGGCUUCGAAUUAAGAACUGUGAAGGAACAUUCGGCAUUGGGGAUUGUGCUUCCAUUGAACAAAGACGCGUGGUAGAAGACGUCAGCUACCUGUUCCAGUUGGCCGACAAGACGAAUUCCGGACGUUUGACAAUUGAAGAAUUUGUGGAGGUUAUGGAACAAGUGCGACAAAGAUACCCACAAAUCAACAUUUACAUGGAACGGCAACACAUGAGAGGUGUGCUUGAAUUGCUAGCUGAUGCCAUCAAAGACGGACGUCAAGCAUCCAUCCAACUUGACAUUGACCAUUUCAAACAAGCAAUCAGCAAGGUAGACAGCCAAAUGAAGUCUAUGCCAGCCACUGCUCAGGUGGCGGCCCAGCAGGGCGAAUAUUUGGCCCACUGCUUUAACCACAUGACAGCUGAGGUGGCGUCCCACAUGGCACCCGAGGGUCCCAUGCGCAUACGUGGCAAGGGGCGCCACCGGUUCCAGCCGUUCCAGUACCAGCACCUGGGCCAGUUCGCUCCGUUGGGAGGGGAGAAGGCGGCCUAUGAGUUACCGGGAGACUGGGUGUCCAUAGGGCGGAGCACCCAGUGGCUGUGGUACUCGGUGUAUGCCAGCAAACAGGUCAGCUGGCGCACCCGCACCCUCGUCGUCUUCGACUGGACCAAAAGAAUGUUCUUCGGCCGCGACUCCUCUCGCGUCGAAUGAACGAACGAACGAACGAAUUAAUCCAUGGAUUGAUGAAUGGGUGGAUGACUCUGUGCGUCCACCCAAUCCCCACGCCCCUCCAAUGCCGCACGUGUUUAACGAAAAGGGAGGGGGCAAAAAGAAAGAAGCGGGCUCUAACUUUUCCUUGCCGUAAAUUAAAAGUUACCCAUCUUCGAAACCAAAAAAAGUUCUCAUUUUACAUGAUAUCUAUAAUAAUAAUAUUACUAUCGCCAGUCAUAAUGAACGAGAAGUUAUUAAUAAGCCGAUUUGGCCCAAAGUGGGGUGUUAUGCCUCAAGCCACGAAGAGAACAGAAAAAUUGUCUAUGGUUGCGUCAGUUGUGUCACCUAGCACAAAUUUUAGUAAUUAUUCCUCUAAUAACUGUGGCAAAUCCUUUAAAACUUUGAACAAUAAAGCUUUUUAAUACUUUUAUUACAAUAAUUCAAGAUUAUUUUUUCUUCUUCUGAAUUAUAAGGUAUAAACUAUUAAUAAACUGUUUUUACUAUUUUUA